CGGAAGAGACGAACGACCGACAACAAUAUAAUGUUGUGUUGUGUGUGCCUUGCGCAGUCUAUAUUUCCCUACACUACUGUGUUGGCUCGUCUUCCUCGUUUUUCCAUAAGAUAUUGGGCGGGCGGAUGUCUGUCUGCAUGUUGCCACUUGUCUUUAGUAGUAUUUCGGACGCUUUCGCCGUCGGUCGGUGCAUUUGGUCGGUUUUCGUGCUUUCGGGGGUUACUUUUCGAUCGAAUUAUUCGGUAUAUUAUGUGUCUUUGAGUGUAAUUGAGUGAAUUUAAAUGUGAACUCGUUCAUUGAUUGAAUUUGUUUCAUGAGAAACAAAAAAAAAGAUCGAAAAGUAGCGAUAGUGUCGAUCAAUAUCGAAGUCGGCGGCGAUCAAAGGGGGAUCAAAGAAGGCGCGUGUGUUGUUGCGUUGGCGAUAAAGAGCAACAAACGAGAUAGCGUUGUUCCAUCUGGUUUUUGUCAACGGCGAACGGUGGGGAAUGUCGGGAGCAGUGUUGUAUUGCUGAGUACGGCUGUUUCGCAGCCGACCAACAACGUUCGGGGUGAACGGUCGCGGAUGGUGUAAAAGCGGAGGAAGUGCACAGCGGGAGGAAGAAGAGGAUCAAGUUUUAUUGCAUUCAAGUGCGAAGAAUAGAGCCAGAAUGUUGUAAAUUUGAGGCAGUUUACUGUCGGUUCAGUGGUGUUGGUGAAGCAAGGCAAUCCAAGUGGCUGAGCAGAGCUGAAGAAAGCCAAACAGCCGUCGCCGGUUGCGAUAGUGUUGGUGUUGAGAAUAGCAGUCGAUCGUGUUUGGAGUGUUGUUUAUUGCACUUCGAAGUUAUCGAUAGCUUGGAAGUGUGCGUGUUAAAAUAACACCGGAAAGUGGAUGAAGUGAAAUAAAGUUAAAAGCAAUACAAAAAAGGGGUAUAAAAUCGAAGAGUGUGAGAAGGAAUCGUGCGGUUUUUCAAAAAAUUGGAAUGGCUAAAAUGGCAAUGAUGUUUGAAUACAUCAUUUUGAUGCUAUGUUUAGUUGGUUCGGGAUCCAUUCAGCAACAGGAAUCGUUCGGGGGUCAUGAAAUGUCCAGUAUGAAUUCGGAAGAUUUUCAGCACCACAAUCGAUGUGAAACGAUCACAAUUCCAUUCUGUACGGAUAUUCAAUACAACAGAACCAUCAUGCCAAACCUGAUUGGACACACCAAGCAGGAGGAAGCUGCACUGGAGGUUCAUCAGUUCAUACCGCUCGUGAAGAUAGACUGCAGUCCAGAUCUCAAGUUCUUUCUUUGCACCUUGUACGCACCUGUCUGUACAAUCCUCAACUAUCCCAUACCACCUUGUCGGAGCUUGUGCGAGAGUGCACGAGUGUGUGAAACAAUCAUGAGGACUUUUGACUUUCCGUGGCCAGAGAACUUGGAGUGUAGCAAGUUUCCAGAAGAUGGCAAAGAACUAUGCGUUUCACAGAAUACCUCAUCGGAAAGCACACCAAUGCCAACGAGUGCAAUGCAUCCCACUAAACCCCAUGCUCCAAGGAAGAACGUCCAUGCAGGAGCUGGUGCUGGCAACCACCUAGGAAGCAGUCAUCGAGAUUUGGGAUUCAUCUGUCCGGUCCAAUUGAAGGCCCCAACGAUUAUGGGCUAUCAGUUGACUGUAGGAGGAAAGGUUACCAAGGACUGCGGUGCACCGUGCCAUUCGAUGUUCUUCUCGGAGAACGAGCGAACUGUGCUCAAGUACUGGGUUGGCUCCUGGGCGGCCGUUUGCGUGGCCAGUUGUCUCUUUACGGUCCUAACGUUCAUGAUAGAUUCAUCCCGCUUCCGAUAUCCGGAGCGCCCGAUUGUGUUCCUGGCCAUCUGCUAUCUCAUCGUCGGAUGCGCUUACGUUGCCGGGCUCGGAGCCGGUGAUUCCGUGGCGUGCCGUGAACCGUUUCAACCGCACAUCAAACUCGGUCGGAUGCACAUGCUGUCCACCAUUACUCAGGGUCACCGCCAGUCGACGUCCUGCACGGUCCUGUUUAUGGCGCUGUACUUCUGCUGCAUGGCUGCCUUUGCCUGGUGGGCUUGCCUAGCGCUAGCCUGGUUCCUGGCGGCGGGUCUCAAGUGGGGUCACGAAGCAAUCGAAAACCGAUCCCAUCUGUUCCACUUGGUGGCGUGGGCGAUUCCGGCGAUCCAGACCAUUUUCGUGCUCGCCCUCGGCAAAGUUGAAGGUGACGUCCUAUCCGGAGUGUGCUUCGUCGGUCAGCUGGACACGCACUCGUUGGGGGUGUUUCUGCUGAUACCGCUCUGUAUCUACCUCUCGGUCGGGGCGCUGUUCCUGCUGGCCGGCUUCAUUUCCCUCUUCCGCAUCCGAACGGUGAUGAAGCACGAUGGUACCCGCACCGACAAGCUGGAACGCCUGAUGCUCCGGAUCGGAUUCUUCAGCGGGCUGUUCAUCCUGCCGGCCUUGGGCUAUUUGGGUUGUUUGUUCUACGAGUACUACAACUUCGACGACUGGAUGAUCCAGUGGAACCGGCAGAUGUGCAAACUGUUCUCCAUUCCGUGCCCAACGACGGCGACGAUGUCGACGAUGACAAUGGCAGGGAGUGGAGCGCUAAAGUACGGUUCGGCAGGGAUGAUGGCCCAGGACGAGGAGAAGCCCAUCUUCCACAUCUACAUGGUGAAGUACGUGUGCUCGAUGCUGGUCGGAGUCACGUCCAGUGUGUGGUUGUGGUCCGGUAAGACUGUGAUCAGCUGGAGACAGUUUGCCGAGAGGCUGCAGGGGAAGGACAACCGCAAUCGUGGGGCGUAUGUUUAGGUUUAGGUAGGUGGGCUGGGAUGGAUGAACUAUGCCUAGUGUACUAGCUAGCUUUGAAGUGAGCUUACAAUGCUUAAAUUAAGUUUUGAAAAACCAAAUGUUUUGUUCUAGGAAAUGUUGGGAAAAAAAAAGCAUUUAUCGUAAGUAAAAAACACAAUCGAGAUUAACUGUUUAAGUCAUUUAUUAAUACUUAGGUUGGAAACGAAGGCAUUAUAAUGGUAACUGUUGAUUUGGCAAAUUGGUGGGAGACAAUAGAUAUAGACCCAGUUGACUGACAGAAGAUUUCGAAGCAGGUCAAACUGUUCUUACAGUUUUUUGAUGGCUGCUUUGUAUGUGAAAUAUGACUUUUCUCUCAUUCGAUUAUGUUUAGUGAUGCACGACAGUGUUAUUUUUAUAGGGUAGAAAUUUACUUCGUCAUAUGCGCUAAUUCCCGGCAUAUCAGAUGGAAUAUAGCCAGACAUUAAAGUUAUUCCAACUUAUCUUUGCUUAUAUUUGCUAAUUUAUUAGAAGCAAUGGCUUAAUUCCCCAACAGCGGGGUAGGGGAAGCACUGAAAAUCGAAUAAUUACGCAAAAUUUGACGUUUCAAUUUUACUCCACUUACGAUUUCAUAUUUUUUCUCGUUUUGUGUAUGACGAAGGCAAUCGCACCAAAGCAAUAGUUAGCAGAAUUGUUCUUCAUCAUCGUUCAAAUUUCACUUCGCCAGAUUCACUUAUGGAACUGAGCUUCAAUGAACGCCCCACAAAAGCUCUGUGGCACUUCAAAGCUGGAAUUCAUUGCAGCAGAAUGCAGCAAUAGUUGCUCAAUUAAUCAAAUAAAUUACUUUUUUCUCGUCGGUAAAAUAUAAACAACAAAUUGUCUUCGUCUAGAGAGGAUGGAAUCAAAUGUGUGUGUGAAUUUUCUGCAUACGAAACAUCGUAUUUCACAACUUUCAUUUUUGGUGUCAGUAACGGUUUUUUAGGUUUCGGAAACCUAACAGUAAGUUGUUGGCCUAAGGUCCCAUAUCCACCGUGGUGGGGCUGCCACCUUAGGUAUAGCUUCCAUUGGAGGAGCAUUUCAUACUCAGCCGCUGGAUGUCAGAACAGACACUGUUUGAGUCGCACUUCCUUGGUGAACAGACUCUCGAGACGUACCUCCUCAAUCUAGCUGAAGUCAGAAGUCCAGGCUACACUAUCAGCAAAGCAUACAACUCUUAGGUGACAGUCUUUGUCAUCGCUUGACCCGUGAAAGCAUGAGGUAGGAACUUGUGAGGGCCAAAGCUCUGAUUUCCGACUCACCGUUUUGCAGCCCGUAUCUCACAACCACAGAGAAAGAUUUCUCCGUUGCACUGUGGUAGUGUAGGAAUAACAAGACUAUGAUGUUCUCUUUUCAAGGCUUUAUUACGUAAUGGUCAUAGUCUGUCACUUAGUCUAUGUCAAGACCUACUUAGGUUUAGAACUAUUCACCAGUGCCUACUAUAGAUAGUGUGAUGGCGUAUUAUCUGGUGCGCAGAAAAUAUUGAACAUUCUGGUCGUUAUUCUAAAGCUACCUACAUCCAUCUCAAUUUUAACGCUUUCUGCUAAAUCGUAAUUUGAACACAUGAUUUGAUUUGGAUUUCGAAGGAUUUGACCUACUUUUGAAUAAACAAUGUUAAUAAUGUUUGACCAUCCUUCCUAUGUACCAUAGUGUCACGUGGAAGCUGUGCCGGGAUUCAAAUUCAGGUUGUGCCUGAUGGCCCGAAAUAGCGUAGACUAAACGGAAAUAGAAUUCGAGAGACAAUUUUUCUAUCUUAUUAUUUUAAGGAAAUUAUCUUUUAACAUAUUUUUGCCUUUCUCGUUCACCAAAGUGAACUGAAAGGCUAUAUGUUCACUCGAAAAACGAACUUUCGACAGAAGGCCCGGAGGGUCAAGUCACAUAUACCAAUCAACUCAGUUCGUGAGUUGUGUGAGUGUGUGUGUGUGUGUGUAUGUCUGUGUACAAAAAAGAUCACUCACUUUCAAGGCACUUCCCAUUGGCCGAUUUUUUUUGGAUUAUAGCUCGCUUCGAACCGGUAUUUUACCGCAUUGUUUGCUAUGAAAAAGGUCCGAAUCGGUCAAGGCGUUCCGAAGUUAUGGCCAUUUCAGUGAUCCGGACCAGCACCGGUAGAACUGCCCGUAUACAAAACUGAACCAAGCUCCAUAAUGCAACACAUAAAACUGCGCCGAUUUUUGUGGCCUUCAGCAUAGUUGACAAAUUUUGUACGUAAAUCAACACUGUGGACCAGAAAUUCCACGAUGUCGACCCAAAAUUCAAGAUGGCGACUCCAAACUCAAGAUAGCGGCUGUUUAAUGGAGUUUGGAGCCCAAAGUCAUGCAAUAUGGGUAUAUUUGGUAUAAGGAAGAUGUCCGGAGUACAAAAAUAGCGACCAGAAUAUCCAAGAUGGCAGCCUAAGAUCCACGAUGGCGGCCCCAAAUUCAAGAUGGUUGAUGUUCAUUGGAGUUUUGAGCCCUAAAACCAUGAAACAUGGGUUGGGUAUAUUUGGAAUGGGGAAGAUAUCCAGAAUCCAAAAGUGGCGGUUAAAAUCCAAGAUGGCCGUACCAAAUUCAAGAUGACGGAUGUUUAACCUGGAUCCAGCCAACGUACAUUCUCCACCUUCGGAAAAGCACAAAAAUGGUCAUAACUUUUUUGUUUUUCGAUGGAUUUUGAUGAAAUUUUCACAACUUCCCGAAAAACUUUUCUAGUUUUUGAUGCCGGGGACGUGGGUGCCUGGUCCACAUGGUUACGGAGUUAUUCCGGAUUGUCUUGGGAUAUCAAAAUUGGCCACAUACUUUGCGCAAAGUAUAUCUCAAGAUCUCGAUGAGAUAGAAGUAUAGUGAAAUCGGCGAAUUUGUUCAGCAGGUUAAGAACUAACUGGCAACGGCGACAUUGGUUCGUGAUUCGGCCGCUAGGCGGCGCCAGUGUCAAAAAAUUUCAAACCUCAUAUCUCAGAAACCUGAUAAGAUAGAUAAUGCUGUCUUCGGCAAAAUUCUUCAGCAAGCUCAGAACUAUCUGAUAGUAAAGUCUUUGGUUUGGAAUUUAUCCGCUAGGAAUUCAAACCCUAAUGAGGUACAAGCAUGCCGUUUUCAGCAAAGUUGAUCAGCAGGCUAAGAACUAUCUGGCAAAAGCGUCUUUGGUUCGAGAAUCGUCCGCUAGGUGGCGCCAGGGUAAAAAAUGUUCAAACUUCUAUAUCUCAGAAUCCUGAUAAGAUAGAAUGAUGCCGUCUUCAACAAAGUUCGUCAGCAAGCUAAAAACUGUCUGAUAGUUAAGUCUUUGAUUCGUGAUUUAUUCGUUAGAUUAUUCGCUACACCAUCUUUGACCCCCUAUAGACAAAUUUUGUCACCCCACAAUAUUGCUCCGUUUAGUUCCGGGAAUAUCUCCGGGAAUUUCUACAGGAACUCUUCCGGGGUUUUUUCCAAGAAUUUCCCCGGGAAUUUCUCUAGGAAUUCCUCUGGAAAUUUCUUCGAGAAUUCUUCUGAAAAAAAUUCCAGGAUGUCCUCUAGGACCCACAUCAGGAACUCCUUCUGGGAAUUUCUCCAGGAGUUUUCCAGGAAUUCCUCCGAGAAUUUUAUCAAGAAUAACUCGAUGAGUUCCUCCGGAAAUUACUCCAUGAAUCCGGGAUUUUUCUCAGAAAUUCCUUAAAGAAUUUCUCCAGACUGGAUUUCUCCGAGAAUUUUUCUAGGAGUUCCUCUAGGAAUAUCUCCGAGAAUGUUUCCGGGAAUUGCUUCGGAAAUUUAUUCAAGAAAUUGUCCGGGAAAUCCUCCUAAAAUUCUUCCAAGAAUUCCUGCGGGAAUUCCCCCAGAAAUUCCUUCGGGAAUUUCUUCAGGAACACUUCCGUUUAAAAAAAAAAAAUCCACUGAAAAUUUCUCCAGGAAGUCUUUCUUCAGGAAGCCUUCCGCGACUUUUUUCAGAAAACGCUCUGAGAACUUCUCCAGGAAUUCCUCUGGGAAUUUCUCCAGGAAUUCCUUCUUUGUUUUCUCCAGGAAUUUCGCCGGGAAUUUCUCUGCAAAUUCCUCCGCGGAUGUCUCUAGAAAUUUUCCCUGGAAUUUCUCCAGAAAUUCCACUAGGAAUUUCUUCAGGAAAUCCUUCCAAAAUUUUUCCUGGAAUUCCACUAGGAAUUUCUUUACGACUCCCUCUAGGAAUUUCUCCGGGAAUUCUUCAACGCCUCCCAUCAGCAAUUUCUCCGGUGAUUCCUUCAGUUAUUUCUCCAGGACUUUUUCCGGGAUUAUUUCUAGGAAUUCUUUUGGAUAUUUCUCCAUGAUUUCUCCCGGGGAUUCCUCCAGAGAUUCGUCCAGCAGUUUCCGUCGGGGAAUCCACCAGGAAGGAGGAUUCCCUGAAGAGUUUUCUAGAGGAAUUGCUGAAGAAAUUACCGGAGGAAUUCCUAGAGAAAUUUCCCGAGGAAUUCCUGGACGAAAUUCUAAAGGCAUUCUCUGUGGAAUACUUUGAGAAAUUCCCAAAGGAUUUCCAGAGAAAAUCCCGAAGAUUUCAUUUAAAAAUUCCCGGAGGUAUUUCAAAAGAGUCCCCGGAGGAAUUGCUGGAGGAUUUUCGGGAAGAUUUGCAGAAGAAAUUCCCUAAAGAAUUCCUGGAGGAUUUCCUGGAGAAAUUGCCGGAGCAAUUACAGGAUGAUUUCCCGGAGGUAUUCGUAAAGGAAGUCCUAGAGGAAUUCUGGGAGAAAUUCUCAGAGGGAUUUGUGCGAAAAUAAAAUCACGGAAGACUUCCGGAAGAGAUUCCUGGAGAAAUUCCCAGAGAAUUUUCUUGAAAAAAAAACCGAAAGGUUUCCUUAGAAAAUUCCCGGAUAUAUUCCUGGAAAAAUUCCUAGAGGAAUUUUUGGAGAAAUUCCUAAAUAACAUCCUGCAGGAAUUCUUGAAAAAAAUCCUGGAGGAGUUCGUGGAGGAAUUCCCGGAGGCACUCAUGGACGAAUUCUUGGGGAAAUUCUUAGUGAAAUUUCCGGAGAAAAUCUUGGAAAAAAAAUCCGGAGGAAUUCCUGGAAAAAUUCUCCGGAGAAUUUCUGCAGAAAUUGCCGACUCCUGAUGGGAGUCCUAGAGGAAAUCCUGGGGAAAUUUCCGGAGGAAUCCCUGGAGAAAUUCCUGGAGGAUUUCCUAGAGGAAUUCCCGAAAGAUUUCCAAAAGAAAUUGCUGGAGGAAGUUCUUGGGGAAUUCCCAGUGGAAUUCUUGGAUAAAUUCCUGGAGGAAUUCCCGGAGAAAUUUCUGGAAAAAAUUCCCGGAUGAGUUCCUGUAGAAAUUCCCGGAGACAUUCCCGAAAGAAAAAACGGAGCAAAAGAAGCAAUAUUGUAGGGUGACAAAACUUGUCUACAGGGGGUCAAAGACGGUGUUAGAGUAUUGCUUCUUGUCCACCGUACUCGACCGUCUACUAUCCUGUCAAAUGGUUCUUAGCUUGCUGAGCAACUAUGCUGGAAAUGGAAUAUUUCUUGUUCAUUAGGGUGUUCAUACAAGUAUUUUCUUAAUAUUAGACGAAACCUAUCGAAUAAAAGAUGGGUUUCGUGGCCGAGCGGUUAGCGGCGUCAGUCGUUUAGGUGUCUCGUAAGCCUCGGAGUGUGGGUUCGAUUCCCGCUCCAGUCGGGGAAAACUAUACGUGAUUGAAUUUUUCAGACACAAGGCGCCACCUAGCGGAUAAAUCCCAAACCAAAGACUUUACUAUCAGAUAGUUCUGAGCUUGCUGAAGAAUUUUGCCGAAGACAGCAUUAUCUAUCUUAUCAGGUUUCUGAGAUAUGAGGUUUGAACAUUUUUGACACUGGCGCCGCCUAGCGGCCGAAUUACGAACCAAAGUCGCCGUUGCCAGUUAGUUCUUAACCUGCUGAACAAAUUCGCCAAAGACACUAUACUUCUAUCUCAUCGGGAUCUUGAGAUAUACUCUGCGCAAAGUGUGUGGCCAAUUUUGGUACCCCAAGACAAACCGGAAUAACUCCGGAACAAUGUGGACCAGGUACCUAUGUCCCCGGCAUCAAAAACUUGAAGAGUUUUUUGGGAAGUUGUGAAAAUUUCAUCAAAAUCCAUCGAAAAACAAAAAAGUUAUGACCAUUUUUGUGCUUUUCCGAAGGUGGAAAAUGUACGUUGGCUGAAUGAAGGUUAAUGAAGUUGUGGUCCAUGAAAUAUGGGUAUAUUGAUUAUGGGGAGGAUGUUCGGAGUUAAACAAUGGCGACCAGAAUAUCCAAAAUGGCGACCCAAAAUCCAAGAUGGCGGUUCCAAAUUCAGGAUGACGGAUGUUUAAUAGAGUUUUGGGCCCAAAAACCAUGAAAUAUAGGUCUAUUUCCUAUGAGGAAGACGACCCGAGUCCAGAAAUGGCGACCAGAGUAUCCAAUAUGGCGGCUCGCAAUUCAAGAUGGCGGAUGUUUAAUGGAGGCUUAGGCCCAAACCAUUCAAAAUAAUUUUUGGUAUGAGGAAGAUGACCGGAGUCCAAAAAUGGCGAUCAGAAUAUUCAAGAUGGCGUCUCAAAAUUUAAGAUGGUAGCUGUUUAAUAGAGGCUCAAAAAUCAUGAAAUAUGGACAUAUUUCAUAUGAAGAAGAUGUCCGGUCCAGAGUCUAAAAAUGGUGACCGGAAUAUCCAAGAUGGCGGUUUUAAAUCCAAGAUGGCGGUUUUAAAUCCAAGAUGGCGGCUUCAAAUUAAAGUGGCGGUUGUUUAAUGGAGUUUUAGGCUCUGAAACCAUGCCAUAUGGGUAUAUCUGGUAUGGGGAAGAAGUCUGGAGUCCACAAAUGAUGAUCAGAAUAUCCAACAUGCUGGACUUAAGUCCAAAAUGGCGACUCAAAAUUGAAGAUAGCGGCUUUUUCUUAAGGUUAUAGACUCAAACAUCAAAAGCCAGAUAAACGAUAUGAUUUCUGGCGCCAUGAAAUGUAUUUUUGUUAAACGUAUGAAAAUGCCAUAUUCAUCAUCAUGUCAAUUGGUUUUUGUUGAAAUGGGUUUUUAAAGGUACGAGAAAGGCGCCAUCACCGCCAGGUGGGCUAAUUUGGGUUUACAUGAUAUGGAAUGGGUCUUCAGUUAGCCUAGUGGUUAAGGCUAUGGAUCGCCAAUCCGGAGACGGUGGAUUCGAUUCCCGUUCCGAUCGGGAAAACUUUCUCGACUCCCUGGGCAUAGUGUAUUUAUCAUUGUGCUUGCCUCACACAUACAAAUUCAUACAAUGGCAGACAAAGAAAGCCCUCCAAUUAAUAACUGGUGAAGUGCUCAAAGAACACUAAGUUGGAGAGAGGCAGGCCAAAUUCCAGUGAGAACGUAGAACCAUUCAGAAGAAGAAGAAGAACAUGAUAUGGAAGCUAAUUUAUCUAUAUAUAUAAAAAUGAGUUUGAAGCUCCUUUGAGGCAACAAAACUCACGAACGGAUGAACCGCCCAGCAUGAUUCAUGCACGGUUCGAUUCGUAUUCAUGGUGGCUGUGUUUAUAUGUGCAAAAAGUUAGGAAAAUCAACUAGAAAAGUAAGAAAAUUGAUUAAGUACUGAUUUUCGAGAGCUGGGAAGGAAAUCAACACGAUAAAAAUGAAACCAAUCUAGAGUGUGGUGACGUUAUGACCUCAACAGUUGUCAAACCACCACAGCUUGGCAAGACAAAGUUUGCCGGGACAGCUAGUAAAUUAUAAAUUGAUACGCAUUGGCCAUGAGGCGUUAGGCGAAGUGAAAGAAUACAUUCGAUCAUUAUUGGUCGGUGCUUAGCUAGACGGGAGUUGAACAAAAUUCCUACUUUAAUUUUUGGAAAGUGAUCUGAGUCACCUUGACAGAAUUCAGUUAAGGCUUUUUACGGCAUCAUCAGCAUCGACAGCCAUGUUGGAUGUGAGCCUCAAAAUUUCAAAGUGAUAAUUCUCUGCCACCAAAGCGAAUGUUAGUAUGAAAAAGUAUCAUCCUCUAUGCUCACUCACAGUGAUUGCGAUGAUACUUUUUCUGCUGCGUUGCUGCAGAAUUUACAGUUUUUCAUCACUUCAAAAAUGCGAGGCAAACAAUCAUUGAAAGGUAAAAAGUCAAUGAUUCGUUUGAAAACUUAGUGAUGCAGUAAGACACCUUAAAAAAACAUCUCUUACGAAGAUCAGUAAUGCAUCAAUACCAACAGUUUUAGUACCACCAUCUUGCCAAAUCAACAGAAUUUACAAAUAAAUACAAUAAUUUAUUUAGUCAAUAUGUAUUGUCCAAGUCCCAGUCCAAAAGUGCAUACAUGAAACUGUUCAAAAAUAUAAAAUUAUUUUUUAUCGCCUUCUAGUGUCAAAAUGCCGAUCAAUAAACGUAACCGCAGUCCCAGAAAAUGCCAAUACAAAACAAUCCAUCGUCAUCAAUCAUUUGCAUGAAACACUAUCUCCCGAUGUGAUAUGACCAGCAAAUCGUGAAUCAUGUUCGAAUUAAGCCGUCAACUACUUUUUUUCAUCUCUCAGGUGAAAUAAGCAUAUCAACCGCGAUCCCCACGUGCAGUGCAAUCGAAUGUAACAGCAAUCAAAAUUAAAUUAGUACUUUUUUCCCGUAGCUGGUUGCAGCAGCGCCAAAAACAAGUUGCUUCAGCUACCUUACCGCGUCCGUAUAUUACUGUACUGUAGCCUCGUAAGGACGAUAAUAAUGCCACGCAGGAAUUGGAGAGAUCCCAAGAAACCAGUUUCCUCCCAAAGUUUUGUUCCCACACGUCGUGUCGGUUCAUAAUUUUCGGCAAGUGAGAGCGAGAGAUCAAUAAAAAAUGCAAUAUCGCGAAAGUUGCGUUUGUAAAUCGAGAGACGAGUAUCCUUUAAUUCUUCGUUUUUUUUUGUUUGGUACGGAGUCUGACGAUGAUAACAGUAGUUGAUAAUUUGCACCUUGCCUGAACCGGUCCGAUUCGGAGGGGAAACUGGUUCACAGAGGAGGUCAGUCUGAUUAAUGGAUGAAUGAAUGGAGAAAUAAAAAUGUCCAACAUGCCAGGUUGGGUUGGAUGGAUUUUUGACGUUCGAUGUGUCGAAUUGUGCCGAGUGAUAGCGUUAGGUUAGGAUAAUUGAAAAAUUUCAUGUUAUAAAUAUUGCCAUUUCAUCUCAUUGCUAGCAAUCAUGCUCAUUUUAGACUAUAGUUAAUAAUGUAUCCUAAGUUUGAUACUUUUAGGGAAACUAAUAAAACUGUGCGUCCUAUUUCUACACAAGGAAUAUAUCGCUUUUGUAAAUAUGUACAAACUUAAGUAAGCAAUUCAUAAAUAAAAGUCGACUAUUAGGAAAAA